AUGGAAAGGGUAGUCGGCGAACUUCGUAUAGUUCCAGAGGCAGUUGGUACAUCACCACGAAAUCCUUCGGAUCAUCAUCGCAAAGGACCGCCUUUUGUCCUAAUGCCAGAACAAGUCGCUGUCCUCGUUGAAUAUGUCAUUAAAGAUGAAAGUGCUUAUGAUACAAUAGAAUUUCCUGAUUUUCCAACUGAUACUGCAUUUCGACUUCGCUUAACUACUUUUCGAGAUCUUUGGAGGCGUGGAUAUUAUUUAACUAAUGGAUUAAAAUUUGGAUGUGAUUAUUUGUUUUUAUUUAUAAAAAAUUUUUGUAAAACAGCAACACAGGUCAAGAAACAAUCUGUCUUAGCCAUUGUAGCACCAGAUUCUUUUACACCAUAUUAUAUUCAGUGUUGUUGGUGGAAAAGUCAUGAAAAAGUGAAGACAAAUUUGUAG